CAUCACCCCUAGAUCUGUUACUUUCUCCUUCACGUUCCUGCAUUGCCCUCAUCCUCACUGACUUCCAAACUCUCUGGUGAAGCUUUCCUCAUUCGGUUACUCCAUCAUAACACCCCUUGGCUAAAGGACAACCCUUGCCACACACAGACUCACCUCUGAACCCCUUCAACUGGUGCCUGGUCCACCGGAUAACGGCUCAAGAUGCCUGAGCCCACAAAAAAAGAUGAUGGCCAACCUGAAGAGAUUGUUGCCCCUGACUCUGGUGAUGCCCCAUCUGAGAAUUCGGUUGUGUUGACCCCGAAAGAGGCUAAAGUGGCAGCCAAAGACACAGAUGCCAUAGUGACUGUCACAGAACCAGAGGCAGCUGCUGAGACCCCUCAGCCACAGCCUGUAGUAAUUGUGGUGACUGAACUAGAGCCAGUAGAGGGUGAGGUCACAGACCCACAGCCAUUAGUGACAGAGCCUGUAGAGAACGGGCACAGUGAACCUGAGCCAACACAGGCUAAGAAGCAUGUCAAGGUAACGGAGGUAAAAGAAGAGGAGCCUGGCACCUCAAAAGUUCCUGCACCUUCAAUGAAGAAGUCUGCUGAUACAAAAGCUACCCCUAUAAAAGAUAAAGAUGAUGAUGUCACCGCCAGCACUCCAUCACCUCCACCUCCAGCAGAGGAUGGCAGCACUCCCAAGAAACUUUCUAUUGACCUCCCUAAUGAUAGCGACCCUGAGUCAACCAGGGGGAGGAAAGACUCAGUGUGGUCUCUGGGGGACGGCCAGCCUCCCGAGGAGCUCGACAAACAGAUUGAUACUCCGCCGCUCUCGAUCCUGUUGAUUGAAAAGCCUCAGAGUGGUUCCAUCAAUGUUGGUGGAGACAUCUCCUUCGUUGCUAAGGUGGAGGCCAAAGACUUGCUUCGUAAACCAACCAUUAAGUGGUUCAAAGGCAAGUGGAUGGAUCUGGCUAGCAAGACUGGGAAGCAUCUGCAGCUUAAAGAAUCUUUCGAUCGCUUCACCAAGAUCCACACCUUUGAGAUGCACAUUAUAAAGGCGAAGGAGAACUAUGCAGGGAAUUACAGAUGUGAGGUCACCUACAAAGACAAAUUUGAUAGCUGCUCUUUUGACCUGGAGGUCAAAGAGGUCUCAGAUGGUUCUCAAAACAUUGACAUCCGCUCAGCUUUCAAAAGAAGCAGUGAAGGCCAAGACGAUGCAGGCGAGCUUGACUUUAGUGGGCUUCUCAAACAUAGGGAGCACAAGCAAGAGGAAGUUCCUGAGGUGGAUGUGUGGGAGAUUUUGAAAAACGCCCGACCGGAUGAAUAUGAGAAGAUUGCUUUCAUGUAUGGCAUCACCGAUCUCAGAGGCCUGCUGAAAAGACUGAAGAAAACCAAAAAGGAAGAGAAAAAGAGUGAAGCAUUUGCCAAGAGAUUGGAACCUGCGUAUCAGGUGGACAAAGGCGGAAAGAUCCGGUUAGUUGUGGACCUUGCUGACCCGACCGUGGAGUUAAAAUGGUACAAGAAUGGACAAGAGAUCCGCCCUACUCCAAAGUAUAUCUUUGAGCACAAAGGCACUCAACGGAUAAUGGUAAUUAACAACUGUCAGAUAAACGACGAUGCUGCCUACUCAGUCACUGCAGGAGAAGAGAAGUGCACCACUGAACUGUUUGUGAAAGAACUGCCUGUGAACAUAGUGAAACAGCUGGAGCCUGUAAAAACUACAGUGAAUGAGAGAAUUGAAUUGGAGUGUGAAGUGUCCGAGGAAGGAGCCAAAGUUAAAUGGAUGAAGAAUGGGGUGGAGGUCCCCACAGGGGUACGCUCACGGUACCGCGUGAAAAGCGAGGGGACCAAACACUGGCUGAUCAUUGACGAUGCUACAAAGGACGACACUGGCACCUACUCCCUGAUGGCCACCGGGGGCACCACUGAAGCUCACGUUCAAGUUGAACUGAAGCCUCUGAAGAUUUUAAUGGAUCUACAGAGUGUGAGAGUGUUGUUGGGUCAACCUCUCAAAUUGAACUGUGAGAUUUACCCUGGAAACGUCCCAGGCCGCUGGUACAAGAAUGGCCAGCUGAUCCAGCCUAGCGAACGACUCACCAUUAUACACAGAACCAAGAAUCACAGCCUUGACAUUGAGAGCUCCACUAUUCAUGAUGCCGGCGACUAUACCUUUGUUCCUGAGGGAUACACACAGACGCUGUCUGCCAAAGUGCACAUCAUAGAUCCUCCCAGGGUGCAUUUAGAGGCACUGAAUGCCCAGGACAACACAGUGACCAUUGUGGCUGGAAACAAACUCCGGCUGGAGAUCCCUAUAAGUGGAGAACCAGCACCCAGAGUCGUGUGGAUGAAGGGAGAACGGGUCAUCCUUGACUCAGGAAACCGGGUUCGUGCAGAGACGUUUGCAGAUCACACCUGCCUCACUAUUGAUAUCGCAGAAAGAGAAGAUACCGGAAACUACAAGAUCGUCCUUCAGAACGAAGCUGGAGAAGACACAGCUAGUGUUAAAAUCAAAGUUGUAGAUAUCCCAGAUGCCCCUGAGGCUCCUCUGGUUACUGAUGUGGGUGGAGACUGGUGCACUAUGACAUGGGAGCCGCCACGCUAUGAUGGUGGUUCCCCCAUCCUUGGAUAUUUCAUUGAGCGAAAGAAGAAACAGAGCUCUCGAUGGAUGAGGCUGAACUUCGACCUUUGCAAAGAGACCACCUUCGAGCCAAAAAAGAUGAUUGAAGGUGUGCCAUACGAGGUGCGAAUCUUUGCGGUUAACGCUAUCGGCGUCUCCAAACCCAGUGAACCCUCCAAACCUUUCAUUCCCCUGGCUGUGACAAGUGAACCGACAAUGCUGGUGGUGGAUGACGUCACAGAUACCACAGUGACCAUGAAGUGGAGACCCCCAGACACCAUCGGUGCCGCUGGACUUGAUGGCUACCAAGUUGAAUACUGCAUUGAAGGAACUGAUGAAUGGAUACUUGCUAAUAAAGAGCUGAUUGAAAAAACGAGGUACACUAUAACCGGUCUGCCAGUGGAGGCCAAGAUCUUGGUGCGUGUCAAGGCCAUAAAUGCUGCUGGGGCCAGUCCUCCACGCACAACCCAACACUCCAUACUGGUCAAAGAGGUUAUCGAGCCUCCUAAGAUUCGCAUACCUCGACACUUAAAGCAGACGUUCAUUCGAAAGGUUGGCGAAGUCGUCAACCUCGUCGUGCCAUUUGUGGGUAAACCAAGGCCAAAAGUCAAUUGGUUGAAGGAGGGUCAGCCGAUUGACCAAACCAUCAACAUUCGCAACUCAGACUGUGACAGCAUCAUGUUCAUCCGCAAAGCUGAGCGCAAGCAUUCUGGAAAAUACGAUCUGAGUGUACAAGUGGAGAAUCAUAUCGACACGGCCACGCUGGACAUUCAGAUAGUCGAUCUUCCAGGCCCACCACAAGCUGUAAAGAUCGAAGAGGUCUGGGGGAAUAAUGUAGCACUGGACUGGAACCCACCCAAGGACAACGGCAAUGCACCCAUAAUAGGCUACACCAUUCAGAAAGCUGAUAAAAAGACAAUGGAGUGGUACACAUGUAUAGAGCACUACCAUCGUACCUGCAUCACAAUCUCUGAUCUGGUGGUGGGUAACGAGUAUUUCUUCAGGAUCUACUCAGAGAACAUGGUGGGCUUAAGUGAAAGUGCCACUGCCACUAAAGACAGUGCUCUGAUCGUGAAAGAAGGGAAAUUCCCCCAUGAUACAGCUCUCGGCUCGUAUCAUGCAAAGUCCCACUCUCCCUUCCCCUCUCACUCUUCCUCCUCCUCCUCCUUUUCCUCUCGCUCUUCCUCUCACUCUCAAUCAGGCUUGCAACUGAAAAUCCCAGAGUAUAAUGACCGCGACUUCACCGAGCCGCCCAUCUUCACUCAGCCGCUUAUCAACACCUUCGCCGUCGCUGGGUACAAUGCCACCCUGAACUGCAGCGUGCGCGCCAAUCCGCGGCCUAAGGUCAUCUGGAUGAAAAACAAGAUUACCAUCAUAGACGACCCACGUUACCGCAUGUUCAGCAACCAGGGUGUGUGUACGCUUGAGAUCCGCAAGCCCUGCCCGUUUGACGGAGGUGUUUAUACCUGCAAGGCUGUCAAUGACCUCGGAGAGGCUCAGGUGGACUGCAAACUAGAGGUCAAAGGAGGUUUUACAUUCUUUGAGCUGAUGAAGCGAGGCAUUCCCUUACACCUCAUUGAUAAGUACAUGAACGAGUCUAAGACCUCUGAGAAGUCCGAGUCAGAGAAGAAGGGAUCCAUCUGAGAGCUGACUCACCCAAUGAUUACCCAGAAAUCCCUGUCACUACUACAAAUAAUGGCACAUGUGUCUAAACUUUGGCAUGGUAUGCUGUGUUCAGACAUGGAUCUAUAGUUCUAGAAAACUCUGCAUCUGUCACUGUGCAAUCAAGCUGUGUUUUAAGAAAAUGCCACUGGAAAUCAAAUGCAUGACUUCAGUAAACUGGAUGGUUGCUUCAAAAUAUAUCACAAAUAGACAUUUUAUUGUGGAAAAUAGAGCAGUCAGUUACAGAUAUGGUAAUGUGGUUCAUUUAUGUUUUUCUGGGUUUGGGAGACAAGGGUUGUCCAAAAUGAGCACAAGUCUGGGUUUUGCUGUUUCUGUCUUUCUUUUCUUGUUUGAUUUCCCCCUGAGUUUUCCCAAUCCCUUUCCUUCAUUCUUUACUGAAUGUACUGAAAUCCACUUAAAUAUGCAAUAUCAAUACCGUGCAACUAUCAGAUCAGUCAUGAGAUGAGAUCUGAACGUUACAGAAAAUGUUGCAUUUGUCUAAGGAUACUUGAUGGUACAUGCCAGUGUUCAUUUCAGCAUGUCAGUUGAAUA